GUUCUGUUGCUGAUGUCUUUCGCUUCGGAUGCCUUCAUCAUUAUUGUCUGUUUGUGGCAAUUGUAUGUACUCCUUCCGUGUUUUUUUUUUACUCAGAUUUUAUUAAAGAGAGUGUACUGGAGAGAGAGGUGAAAAAGGUGGAUGGUGGAUUUUAUGUGAAAUUUUAAUUUUGCGAAUGUAUAUUCUGCAGUGAAAUUUCUCUGACUGGGAGGUUUGAGUACGUGUCAAAGAAUUUCUGUUGCAAGUGGAUGUGUGCCAUUUUCAGAUAAAAAAAUUUAUUGAAUUUUUGGAUGGUGAAGGAAUUAGUUUUUUUUUGUGCUGUCUUCUUUAGUGUAGGGAGUUUGGUUUAAGCAAGUGAUCAAACUGGUGAGCAUUCACCUGUGCCUUUGCCUCUCUGUUGUGUGGUGUGUGGAUUGAGGAAGAAGGGCGCAAAAAGGAAAGACAGCGAGUGAUUUUAGGCAGAAGGGAAUUUGGUGAAAUGAAAGAGUGUAGUGCAGACGAAAAAGUGGAAUAAAAGUAACUAAAGAAGUACUGCUGUUUGAGCAUUUCUUGGUGGCUGUGUUUUCGUUGGUCAGAGAGACUGAACAGUUGCUGGACGAGACGAAGACUGUGUGUUUGUGGCACAUAAAAAAAGGUGCUUACGGAUCGGAGGUGAAUGAGUUGCGGAGGAACGGGUGCGAAGGAAAGAAUGCCACAGCAGUUGACGAUGUCUUUCGGAUAUUAGGUGUAUUAUAUGCUGAGGUAUCAAUUUAGGUCAACGUCUUGUCGUCUCCGUUUUUCAUCUCUCUCUCAUCUAGUUUCACCACGGUAAACUGCAAUACAUCAAUUCUGUACCAUCCUCCAAGCUUUUUCUUCACACCCUCAAAUGGAAUCAAUUGAAGAUGGGAUAGAAGUCGUGCUCAGCAGUGAAAUGUGUAUAAAAUGUGAAUAGAGUGUGAAAGAAGAGAUUGCAUAUAAAAUUUGCGCGGCAAGAGAUCAUAGAAGAAGAUUGUGCAGAUUAGAAUUCCUGUAUUGUGGAUAAUUUUUUUUCUUUGCCAAACGAGCUCAAAAGUGUUACGGAGAAAAUAUGAACAUCACAGAUUAUUUUGGAUAUUUAUCAAUCCUGAUUCUGGCAUCAUUUAAUGUUGCGUAUGGGGAGAGAUAUUCAAUAUCAAAUAUGUCUCCAAAAUCAGAGAAUCCGGAUAGAUUUGUGCGUUUCGCUGAGGAUUUGGAGACGUCUCAGGCGUCUGAGACACAAGUUUGGGAGAACCGUAAUCCAAACAGUCGAGAUCACAAUCAUGAACGAGUUGAAAGAUCUGCCUUGCCUAUUAUCAAUGAUAUCUCUGCAAGGUCUGAGCUUAAGCAUGUUGAUGAUAAUGAUGUUGAGGCAUCUUCGAGUUCUGGACGAUAUUUUACCAUGAUUGAACCAACAACGUCAAUUCGGGCUGAAAAUGAUCUGUUGACAGGGGAAAUGACACAGAAAAUGCGAUUUGGAAAGGAUCUCGAGAGUGAGUCUUUUUUAGUGAAAGGGGGUCCUCCCUCGGGGACCCCAUCAAUCAAUGCGACGCCCACAUCCCAGAUUGUGGAAUCUGAAACAACAACGCCCAAAAUUAACAAUGGACCUCGGCAAAAUGCCAAUCCGGACAUUCAAGAUAUCAUAACAGGAAUUGUAAAACUCUUAAAUGGGAAUGUCAAUGUUCAUGCAAAUACUCAAAUAACACGUAGACCAAUUGCAACAAGAAUUAACAAUAGGGGUCCACCGAGAAUUUCUGAUGCUCAGCCAAUUGGGGAAUUUGAAGCAACACCAACAUCUUCAUUGAGACCACCACCACCUUAUCCCUUUGACCGACCAGAAGGUCCUGUAAGACCUUUUCUAACUGGUGUCCCAAUUCCUGAACAAAUUGUUCCGUCAAUGCAGCAAAACUAUCGUCCGGGAUUUAUUUCACAAAAUCGACCACCUUGGCAACGACCAAGACCACCAAGACCACCACUUGGAAGUAAUACCAGGCGUCCAAUUCCUCCAUAUAAACCUCUGCCGUUGUCUGAACAUCUUCAAGGUAAGGAUCCCCCAACCCUUCCACCCCUUACAACGUCAACAGCUGAGACUGUAACUGAGGGAAAUAUGACGGAAACAAAUUUGGAUGUAAAUACUUAUGAAGUAUCCGUCGAGGGUCCUGAACAAGAUGUCAAAAAGGAAAGCACUGAAGAAGAUGUACCAGUAAAAAAAGAAGAAUUAUCAAAGAAAAAGGACAAACCAAAGUCCACGGAGAAGAAACCAAUUAUACCUGUGACUCCAUUUGAGAUCACUAGUUCUACUGAGAUGGCCAGUAAAGUGACUACGUCAACAGUAGCAGAAAUAGUGUCUAGUGAUAGGAAGGAAACAUCUUCAGUUCAAAUUGAAUCGUCAAUUGAGGAUAUUCCUGUACCAUCGUCCAUUUCGACAGAAACAAUUGAAAAAGUCCCAGAAAUCACAAAGAUCCCAUCGGAGAUUCCGUUAGAAACAUCUUCAGCAAUGACUAAACUAGAAAUUUCAACAACAGAAGUUGAAAAAUCUUCUACGUCUCAUCAUUCAACGCUUCCCUAUCAUCCUCGGCCGGGAAUUGUUCUUGAUGAUCCAGAAUUCAAACCAGGUGGUCAAGGACGUCCUCGACCAUCACCUCAACGUCCUUCAAAACCCCAUCCUUAUGUGAGUAAUUCAGCUCAGCCACCAGGAUAUGGAGAAAUCUUUGAUGUUACCCUAUCGGCCAUUCAGGGUCCAACUGGUGGUAAUUCUGGUGUUCAGACGGUCAAUAUUAAGCCCUUUGGAGCCAUUGGAACUGGAGAUAUUAUAGUAUCACCAACUGGAGAUGAAGGUUUUGUUUCAAUUGACGGCAAAAGGACAUACAUCAAUCUGUUUGGGGAACCAACUGAAGCACCAUCAUCUAUCACAAAGACUUCUACCACCAUCAAACCAACACCUACAAUUCCGCCAGGACAUACAGGAACUGGAUAUGCUGUUGCGGAAACUGAAAGUGUCAAAUUGUCACCACCAAGAGUUCCUCAAUAUCGGCCAAGGCCCCAAAAACCACCCGUUCGCAUUGAUACAUGCAUCGUGGGAGAUGAUUCAACAUGUGAUCAGGCACAAAAUGAGCGUUGCAAGACAGAUAAUGGAGUAUCCAGUUGCCACUGUCGUCCAGGUUACUCACGCCGGAAGCAUCGAGAACCAUGCCGAAAGGUUGUAUCUUUGUUUAUGUCACUUCGUGUAGAUAGGAUCUAUGAGAGACGCGUGGUGUGGGAUCAAAAGCUGGCAGAUCAUUCCAGUGAACCGUAUGGACAGCUGAGUUUUGAAACUAUGCGUGCUGUGGAUUCAGCCAUGUCAAUGACACCAUUCUCAGAUGAAUUCAUGGAAGCUCAUGUCAAUGGAAUCUACAAGGGAGAUCCUGCUAAAGGAUCAGCUGGUGUCUUUGUCAAUGUCACUCUUCAGCUUGAGGAGAAUGGUGAUACACUGCGGCCAGCACUCAAAGGAGACAUUCAGAGGCAUCUUUUGGGUGUUAUUCACCGACGUAACAACAAUAUUGGGAAUUCGGCGCUUUUUGUGGACAGUCCACCGGGUGCUGUAACAAGUUUGCAGGAUGUGGAUGAGUGCAUGUCAACUGAAUUGAAUGAUUGUCAUCCAGAGGCCCUAUGCACUAAUGUGUGGGGUAGUUUUCGAUGUGAAUGUACGACUGGACUCAGGGAUCCUUGGGCUGAUCAACCACAACGUGCUGGACGGAUAUGCCAAUCGUGUCCGGACACUUUUUGCAACAACCGUGGCACAUGCAGCUAUGAUGCUGCUGGAGCUCAGACAUGUUCAUGUCUCAGCAAUUACUAUGGAGCUCAGUGUGAGAUUGAUGGAGAAGUACUGGGAGUAGCUAUUGGAGCAUCAGUUGCAGCAGUGAUUAUCAUCGUGCUAACACUCAUCUGUUUAGUCAUGUGGAGUCGCAGAUGGCACAGAGAACAGAAAAAUGCCAUUGGAAGUCCAGUAUUUGGGUAUAUGGCAGGUACACAGGUGAAGACGCCAGUGAUGGGACAGGCACCCUACCAAAUGACACUGGAGGAUAGGAUGCGAUGGGCCCAGAUUGCUGAUGUAAUGGCUCAGGCUAAUCAUUAUGCAGCUGAGCCUGUAGCUGCAUCAACGAGGCCUUCGUCGGCUAUCUUUGGGUAUCCAGGAAUGCAGACGAUGGCCAGCCUGGGCGGUAUGAGUGGCAACAUGUCCAUGGCUGGCACAUUGCCCAUGCAUUCAAGCACCAUGCCGCCGGUGCCCCUCCCAAGACUGACACUAAAUAAUCGAUCGAGUGGUAUGAGAACACUCGAAAAUUCCAGUUCUAGCGAAGAGGAAGACCGAACGGAUCUCCUAGGAAGAAAUUUCCAAGUUCCCCGUCCAAAAUCUCGCAGCAAUGCGAGUGUCACAACUGCUCAGAGUGAUUUUGUCUACUUCCAGAAUCAAUCUGGCAUCUAUUAUGAUGUGGACUAUGAACCAAAUGCGGGUGAUAUGUAUGGCGGUGGAGUUGGUGGAGGACAGACAUCCAAUCAUCCAAUUCCUGGACCCCAGGGCAUUCCCAUGAGCACAUAUACAGCCGGACGUGCUCCGGCUUCAUACUAUAUGAAGUGAUCCUGAGGAUCAUACCACAAUCUUUGGGAAAGUAAUCACUUUGUUGUGAGCCAGAAAAGACAGAUGGAUAACUUGUGAGUCAGUAGCAUAUAGAAAUUAUUUUUUAAUAUAAAUACUUAACGAUUUUGUCAAAUGA